GUGCCCCAAACUCGUCCACCGCAGCUCUGCGUCCCUGGGCCACAGCCGAUCAAACACCAUGCGAAGACACCGCGCACCACAGAGGAGUGUCAGGCGACGACAUAGGGUCGCCGGCGACACCUCGAAACGGGACACCGUACGUACAUCGCUCAUCCCCCGACAAUGGACGCGCUUGGCGGCCCGACGCUGCCGAGCGCAGUUGGAGCCUUCCACCUGUGGAGGCUCCGCAGGUCGCCCUGGCGAGCAGGUGAUCAAGACUUCUGGAUCCAGGGUAAUGUCAAGUUCCCGGGUUCUUCCCAUUCCGCUGCGCGCUAUGCACCGGCCGCAUCAGGCCAUCCAACCCCGUAUAUAACAGCGCCAUUUCGGAAGCGGCCCUGCGCGUUCUGCUCGCCGCUCGUCCCGCAACUUGCACAUUUGCCCGCCAUGUUCAAGUUCAACACCUUCUCCGAGACAAAGGGCCGGAAAUUGUACUAUACGAUCAACCUGGUGGCAGGCCUCGCCAUCUUCUUUUUCGGGUAUGACCAAGGAAUGAUGUCCGGUGUGAAUACAUCGCCCGACUAUGUGCGCACGAUGAAGCUUGGGUACUCGACAUACGAAGGUCCUUCAGAGGGAUAUGUCGCUACAAUCACAGAACCAACGCGAGAAGGUGGUAUUGUUAGCAUCUACUACUUGGGCACCCUCAUCGGAGCCCUCAUGGGCGGUGUCCUCGGUGACCGGAUCGGACGUAUCAAGACCAUGCUUGUGGGAAGUCUGUGGGUUCUCAUCGGCGCUACGCUGCAAUGCUCCGCGCAGAACAUCUCAUGGAUGUUGUGCGCUCGUGUGAUCAACGGCAUCGGCACAGGGUACCUGAAUGCGAUCGUACCGGUCUGGAGCGCGGAGGUCGCCUCACAUACGUCUCGAGGCGCCUUCAUCGCGAGCGAAUUCACGCUGAACAUCUUCGGAGUAGUCGUCGCCUACUGGCUCGAGUUCGGCCUGGGCUACGUCGGCGACGGCACUACGCAAGUUCGAUGGAGGUUCCCCAUUGCGUUCCAGAUCCUGCCCGUUCUGGCCUUCAUGGUGCUCGUGCCGUCCAUGCCGGAGAGUCCCCGCUGGCUGCUGAAGAUGGGGCGCACUGAAGAGGCCCGGGUCAUCCUCGCGCGGCUCCGCUCGGAGGACGGCAACCUCGAGAACGCGCGCGUGACCGCGGAGUACGAGGAGAUCCAGGUCGCGGUGCAGCUCGAGAAGGAGCACGCCGCCGGCAACACGUACUUCGCGAUGUUCUUCGGGCUGCACGACAGCGACCUGCACGUCGCGCGCCGCGUCCAGCUGUCGAUAUGGCUGCAGAUUGUGCAGGAGUGGGUCGGUAUUGCGGCGGUCACGGUCUACGCCUCAACCAUAUUCUCGCAAGCCGGCUACUCAGCUCGCAAAGCCCAGUGGUUGUCCGGUCUCAACGACGUCACGUACAUGCUGAGCACGCUCCUGGCCGUCGUGACGAUCGACCGACUCGGCCGCCGGGUCGGCCUCUGGUGGGGCGCGGUCGCGCAGGGCGUCUCGCUCUUCCUCGCGGGCGGCUUCAGCGCGCUGCUCAAGAGCAACCCGGACAGGGCCGCGCAGUACGGCGGCGCCGCGGCGUUCUUCGUGUUCACGUACACCGCGACGUUCGGCGCGACGUGGCUCACGAUCCCGUGGGUGUACCCGACGGAGACGUUCCCGCUGUACGUCCGUGCGAAGGGCAACGCGUGGGGCGUCGUCGGGUGGUCCAUCGGGAACGGAUGGCUCACGCUCCUCAACCCGGUCAUGUUCAACGCGAUCCAGGAGAAGACGCUCUACAUCUUCGGCGCGGUCAACUUCCUCGCGAUCCCGAUGGUCUGGGCGUUCUACCCCGAGACGGCGAACCGCACGCUCGAGGAGAUGGACCACCUGUUCAUGAGCAAGAGUCCGCUCGUGUGGCACGAGGAGGCGUACUUCCAGAAGUGGAAGGCGGGCGAGCUCGAGGACCGCGAGAAGACGCCGCCCGUGGCGCAGCCGGACCUGGACGACGUGAAGGUCGACGAGCAGAAGCAGGAGAAGGCAUGAGCCGCACGAGGGUGACGCCGCUUGAGUUACGACCGCUACGUUUGUUUGUACACCACGCAUCUACUGUUCGUCAGGUUAUUAGGGCACGACUAUAUUUCUGUUCUUGUCACCGUCAGCCUACGCCUGAGCUGGUCAACACACGUCCCGUGUACUUCUAGCAUUCGGCGCUCCCAAACUUGGUGAGAUGUUGGGUUGGAUAACGAUAACUUCAUAGCCAAGGAUACAUCGUGAUAGAUUACAGAAAGCGACAUACGUACAGCACGAUAGACAGUGUCUCUUGAUAUCACGUAGCAUUACAACGGUCUACAGUAAGUGAGCAGCGGGUAGCAUGUCAGCGAUCGUUUCUACCCAGAACAUAACGUAGAAGAUGCACGCACCUUAUACAAACACGCU